UUAUAAAUAUAAUGGAAACAAAUUUAAAAGACACAUUUUGACAACAUUUUAUACAACGUGAGUAAUAGACGCAUGCGCAUGUAUCUCUCUGACUUGACUUCCGUUUUGUACUACCUUCCUUUUCUUCAUAAACGUUCAAGAUGGUAAACGUACCGAAGCAAAGACGUACUUUUUGCAAGAAAUGCAAAGUACACAAACCACAUAAGGUAACACAAUAUAAAAAGAGCAAAGAAAGACAUGCGUCACAAGGUAGAAGACGUUAUGACCGUAAACAACAAGGUUUCGGUGGUCAAACAAAACCUAUAUUCAGAAAGAAGGCUAAAACUACCAAGAAGAUAGUGUUAAGAAUGGAAUGUACAGAGUGUAAGUACAGAAAACAAAUUCCUCUUAAAAGAUGCAAGCAUUUCGAAUUAGGUGGUGACAAGAAACGUAAGGGACAAAUGAUUCAGUUCUAAAUGAUUUAUUUUACGCUAUGUUCUGUAAAUUUAAUAAGAAAUAAAAUAAAUCUGAAUUUUUAUAUUUGUUUAUUUUAUUAAGAGUGAUUUUUUUGAUAUAACAAAUAUGUUAACGAUAGUAUGUUUAUAACAUUCAAUAAGUUAGUCACCUUGACUCGCAGUUGUAUUUGCCACAUUCGAUUUGCCUUUAGAAGAAGGUAUAUGUUGAGGCUCGCUGUUAUGGUUAAAAGAUAAAAAUGCUGUUAUUGUUGAUUAAAAAUGCAGAAUAAAAAAUUACAACAAAUGGAAUGAA